ACCCUUAAAAAAUGAAAAUUUAUGGAUAUUUGUUCGAUGUUAUUGCUUUAGAUAUGCCAUUUAUCGCUAAUGCGAUUUCAUCUCAAGGUUCACUCCUUCCAUUUGGCGUGAAUGUAAGAAAUACUAUUAUGAGUGGAAUUCAGGACAUUGCGGAUUUUGCAGUAAACAUACAUCCACCCAAACAAGAUGUAGAUGAAACUCUGAGAUCUCUAGAUGGUAUAAUGUUAAUGGAGAACGCCCAGCACAAAGCAGACAACGAAGAUUUUACAGAAGCAGAACGUACGCUCUUGAAGAUACAUAAGAAUAAAAUACGUGAAAUCGUUGAAGCAGCAUUCGAACCGGUUCAUGCAAUGGUAACUUUCAUACUUUAUACGCGUAUUUUUCAGUUUCCUUCGCAAUCAAAAUCAAUUAUUACAAAAGAGCUUGUGGAUUAAUCAUUUCUCCCAGGACGCUGAAACCAGCAAGACAUUCCUUCAGGUUUUUCAUGUUCGCAAGGUUUGAUAUUUGAUUCGCUACAUUGUAACAAUGCCUAUAAUUUUUCAA